AUGGAAAUUCCUAGUUCCAGUCAGUCAGGAACGACGUUGUUGAACUCAAAAUUGGUUAUCAAUCGGAAACGUCAGGAAGGAAAUCCCGUUCUGAAGUAUAUACGUAAUGUUCCCUUUGAAUGGGCAGAUAUCAAAGCUGAUUUUGAAGCUGGUAGAGAAAUGGGCAUCUUAUAUCUCAGUUUAAAAUGGCAUAAGCUUCAUCCAAAUUAUAUAGAGACUCGCAUAAAUAGUGAUGAUGGUGGGUAUGCAAUAAAGAUCUUAUUGGUGCUUGUGAAUGUGGAACCUCGUCACAUUCUACGCGAAUUAAAUCUCUUUUGUUAUCGAACUGGUUGGACGCUUAUGCUCUGUUACUCCGCUGAAGAAGCUGCGGAGUACUUAGAAAAUUUGUAUUUUUCAAAAAAUAAAAAUGAACAAAGCGCCGUUAAUGCGGUACAAGAACGGAAAAGAAAACGACUUUGCUUACCAGAAGACGAUAACGAGUUACAUCAGGCAGCCAAAUUUCUUACUGUUAUUCGAUCAUUGACAAUAUCUGAUGCACAACGUUUGAUUGCUACUUUUGGCAGCAUCCGAAAAAUAGCAAAUGCGGAUAUUGAUAGGUUGCUGUUAUGUCCUGGCUUAGGUCCUACGAAGGCAAGAAAUGUACAUGCAUUCUUCCGAACAACUUUUCAGAAAGCUUGA